AUGAAAACUAUCGACAUGAUCAGCCACGACCAAUCUACUAAAACCUGUAUGUGUUGCAGCGAUCUCACGGGAAGUGACAUAACUGGUCACUGGAAGUCAUUUGUCCUGCAUACUUUACCGUGCAAAGACGGGUACGUUGCAUAUAACUCUAUUGGUACCCAGAUCUGUCUGAAGUAUGUUUCAACCCCUUCUACGUACCCGGAAGCUACGGAAUAUUGUCAAGCAGAUGGAGGGGACCUCAUCAGACUCGAUAGUAAACGGAAACAUGAUAUACUUACGGAAAUGUUAGUUCCUAUAGCCAAUGGAUUUACAAUCGAUGUAUGGAUCCAAGGAACAAAAGUGGAGGGCGAGUGGUUCUUCCAUGACGGGUCCCAAAUGUCGACCGAUUUCAAUGGGAUCUGUCCUCUUGAUUUGGACAACAACGUAAAUGAAAUACAUCUUCGAGCACAUGGAUCUACAUCAUUUUUCUGCUGGGACAUGAUUCCAACUAUGAAGUACAGUUUUCUGUGCGAACAUUACCGCCAUUUUACUUUAAAUUGA